AUGGUGCGGAAGUGUGCCAUCACCAGCGGUGGCGAAUUCCUGCUGGACGAUGAGCUGACGGCCAUGUCCUCGAUGAUUGGUCAUCUGAGCAGCAUUUGCGAGGUGUGCCUUGCAGGUAGUACCAAGCUGAGUGAUGCAGUUUUGGACAACUUCCUUCAGCAACUCUUCGGUCGGCCGGCAAUGAAUUCCUUGGAAAAGCUGGACUUGGCGCGUUGUCGUGGAGCAGGGCCCAAAGCAAUCAACACCUUGGUCGGCUUGCUGGUGGAAUCCAACGGGCUCUACAAGCUGCGGCACCUUGACAUCAGCGGCAUCCGCAUCAGCAGUGCCACGAUGUCGGCCCUGUGCCAUUCCGUGCACGUGCAUCCGGCCAUUCGCUGUUUGCAUUUGCAGGACACGAACUUGGGGGUGCAUCCCAAUGCAGCGGAUUGCCUACAGGAUUUGCUGAAUGCGCCGGCCUUGGAGGUCUUGGGCCUCGGAUGGAACUGCUUCUCGGAAGAGGCCUUGAAGGCCUUGGGCGACAUGCUGGCGAGCCACAAGCGCUUACGCGAGCUGCACAUGCCAAACUGCGACAGCUGCGUCAGCGGCGUGGAGAGCUCCACCCACCUCUUCCUGGAAGGACUUUAUCGCAACGCGAGCCUCUGCAUGUUGGACCUCUCGAUGAAUCGCUUGGACUCCUCCGGGGCCUUGAUCCUAGAGGACUCACUGGCCAGACAUGCGAAGCUUCAGGAGCUCUACAUCGGGCAAAAUCCUCUGGGCUCCCAUGGCUUACGGUGCUUGUUGCGACUCCUCAGUCAAUCAACCUGCGGCCUGCGUUUGUUGGAGGCCCUGGGCUGCCAAGGUCUCGAGCGGCCAAUCUACCAGGCAUCGGAUCCUUCUGGGACCUACAGGCACUUCAGCUUCGCCGCUGUGCUGCAUCCCAGGUUGGAUCUGAACCUUCCUCACAGCCGGUCGCUACUCAGAUUACUCUACAAGACCUGUGAAACCUUGAAGCUGGACUUUCAGCAGGCCUUUCAGAAGUUGCAAUACACUCCUGCCUCGUCUGGGAGGAACAGCGAGCCAAGGCGCGAUUGCAGCGUGAUGCGUGUUCUGCACGUCUACACAGUUCCCACCACUGGCACGGUGAGCUUUUGCUUCUGCAUCGAUAAUGCGCGCGCUGCUUUGGUUCCGGAGGGCGAAGGCCUAGACGGCAGCUUUCGCGGUCCACGGCCCUUGGCCUCGAUCUACCUGGAUCGACACUUCGCCUUGUUGCGGCCAAAGCUCACAUUCCGAAAGGUGGUAUGUUUGCUGGCACAAUUCCGAAGCCUGAAGGGUCGCUCCGACGAGCAGAAGCUGAUCUUGGACGCGCUGUCCAGUGACUUCAGCUUGGAAUAUGACUUUCUGUCCAUCAUCUGCGAGGACUCCUUCAACAGCAUCGACACUUUGUGCCUCCUUGUCGCGGGCGUUGCGAGGUCGCAAGUGCGUUUGUUUCUCACCCUGACUCACCUGCCACGGCUGCGGGAGUACAUCAAGGUCUACAAACGCUGCGAAAGGCUCUUCGUGUUCAACGCAGACAGUCCUACAGGGCGUUACUCUUUGGACCUCCGUAGCCCCACAGACUAUGCUGUGGCAGAGAUGUUGAAGAUGUUGGAUGCCUGGGAAACCUCCGUGGCGCGGAAGCAGAACCUGGAAGAUCGAUCGCAGUACGGGAACUGGUCCAGUGUGCGUAACUGCACGCAUCAAAACGUCUUGAUGACCUCUUUGGCCGAUUGGAUCCUCCCCUUCUUCGAAACGCUGGAGUUGGACUUCGUCACCUGGCGCCGCCCCGCAACUGAUGCCUUGCCCUUCCAGGACAGGAGGUGGGAUGAGAUGAUGGUGAAACUCUCGCAGGCACCGCUCGCGCCGCGAGCCAAAGUACAUGUGCUGCGGGGAGUUUGCGAUCGUCUCUUCUUAACCUCCAUGCAAUGUCGUCAACUCGUGGGGGUCUUCGGCGACAGCGAGUGCCGCAUGGCGGUGCUGUGUUGCGCUUUGAUGCGACUGUCAGAUCCGCAAAAUAUGAAACUGGUGCAAAGUCGGCUGGACGCGAAGGAAUGGAAAGGGCUGCGGCAGCGGAUGGGAACCCUGACCUUGUUUCCGUAUAUCCAGCCGGAACAGCAGGACUUCGCCUUGGACAUGUCGAUCCCGGAAGAUCGCAUCGCUGCAAGCCUCGUGGUGCGCCUCAACAUGAAAGAGACCAAGAGGAACAAUAUCCGUAACCCGAGGUUCGUGAUGCAUGACAAGAGCGAAUUUGCCUUUGACCGUGGGGUGCCCGUCGGAUGGCAAAGCCCACAGGCUAUUCCUCAAGGAGGAGCUCUCACCUGGCAGUACAUGUGCUCUCCCGAGGAUCGCAACAUGGAAAUGCGAAGAGACUUCCUGAGUCGCUACGGGGGUUGGAACGUGGACCUUAGCAAGCACAACAUCAUGUGGUGUUCCUUUCUUCAGGGGGUGCCAGAAGCGGUCAGCAGCUUUUUGGUCAAUGUGAUGCGACAUUUUAAAAAUGACCUGAAGAAGGCCUUCAAGCUGAUCGACGGGCCAGAUGGAAACGGCAAGCUCAGUUUGAUGGAGUUCAAAACUGCGGUGGCCAGCCUGGGAUGGACUGAGUUCGGAGAUCCGGAGAAAGCGGUGCAGAUCUUUCGAUAUCUGGAUCCUGACGGCGGAGGUUCCAUCUCCUACGAAGAAUGGCAGGUCAUGAGUGGCUUGCUGAAGGAAUUGCAGCUGACAAUCCUUGAGCUCUUGCAGCACGUGGACUACACCUUCGGCGGCAUCGAGGUGGCCCAUGCCUUGUUGGACAGAGACAGCAACCAGGCGGUGGAUUUCCACGAGUGGCGAAAGGUGCGGGCCCGAAGCUGA